AUGGUGAAUUCUGACCUCCAAGGCUGUUGUGAGGUCAAACAGGCCUGCGGUAAAGGGUUCACCAAUUGGAUAUGAGAGCUAUCUGUGAGUAUACCUCUUGUCUACAUCCAGUGUUCGGCGCAACUAUUGGCAGAAAAUGCUGUUACAUGUCAAAUCACUUUUUUGCACCACAGCCCUGUUGUAAUACUUUUAAAAAAGAAUCACUGAUUACUUAUCUGGACAGGUAAAAGCUAUGUAGCAGAGCUCACCUGUUCAAUCAUAUGACAUCAGUGCCAUUAUGGCAGUGUUUCCCAAACUCGGUCCUCUGGACCCCAAGCGGUGCACGUUUUGUUUUUUGUCCUAGCACUACACAGCUUAUCAAGUUUUGAUAAUUUGAAUCGGCAGUGUAGUGCCAGGGCAAAAACCAAAACGUGUACCCCUUGGGGUCCCCAGGACCGAGUUUGGGAAACACUGCAUUAGGCUAAGUGGCUCUAGCUAGCAGAGAUCGUUACAAUGACCCCCGGCACCUCAUUAGCAAAUUCUAAUAAUUUAAGACUUUGUUUGCACGCUACAGUACUUGUAACCUACAAAUGGGCAGGUAUAGGACUUGUGAGCUGUGUAAUUUGUUUACAGUAGUCUAAUCCUAGACGCCUCUGACUUGUGUUGUGAGAGGUGUGUAUACCUAAACAAUUAGUUAAUACAUCGUCUUAUUGAUGAGUUGGAAUAGUACCCAGAUGCUGUAUUGUGAUUAUUAUACUUUUUUUAAAGAACACCCCUGUGGAGAAGGAGUGAUGAAGCUGAACGAACGUAGUGUGGCUCACUAUGCCACCUGCGACUCGCCACCAGACAAGACAGGCUUCCUGUUCAAGAAGGGGGAGCGAAACACAGCCUACCACCGGCGCUGGUUGAUCCUGAAGGGCAACAUGCUGUUCUACUUUGAGGAGCGUGAGAGCCGGGAACCCAUCGGCGUCAUCGUGUUGGAGGGCUGCACCGUGGAGCUCUGCGAGUCAGCUGAGGAGUUCGCCUUCGCCAUCAAGUUUGACUGCGCCAAGGCUCGUGUCUACAAGAUGGCGGCGGAGAACCAGGCGGCCAUGGAGUCGUGGGUGAAGGCUCUGUCGCGAGCCAGCUUCGACUACAUGCGCCUGGUGGUGCGGGAGCUGGAGAGGCAGCUGGAGGAGAUCCAGGAAGGGGCUGGUGGGCUGCAGGGCAGGCCCAAGUCCUCCAGGAAGGCAGGGGGGGUGGCACGCUCCAAAUCGGGAGCAUCAUUCAGCGCUUCCACCGUGCCCUCUACCCAGGUUACAGGUGCAGCGCUCGCACAGGGGGCAGCUCAUGCCCGCAGCCUUCAGGAGGAGGUGCAGCUCCUGUCCGGCGCCUCUAAAGAGAACGGGGUGGCCUGGAGCAAGCCUUCUGCUCUGGUCAAUGGGUGCAGUGAAGGCCCCCACUCUGGUGUGCCGUGGGAGGGGAACGGAGGGGGCGAUGGGGUCAGGCCUCCGCCCGUGCCUCCGCGCAGGAGGGGUGCGUCUCUCGAGAGUCCUGUCUCCCCUGGGACGGGGUGCUUCUCCAAACUUCACGACUGGUACGGAAAAGAGGUGGCUGAAUUGAGGGUGGAUUGGCUUCAGAGCCAUUGAGGCGCCUCUCACCUCACAGCCCAGCUGUCAAGCAUUAUUAGAAAGGGGACUUGUCACUUCGCAGGAUUGUUUCACCCCAAAAGACCUUGAUUUUAAUGCCAGAGAGCGUGUCCUUAAAAUUCCAAACCCUUGGGUAGUCUGGGGAGCUGGUUGAUUUGCUAAAAGCAGCACUUUCUUGUAUUUUUAGGUAUCGUGGGCCAGUGGGAAUAUGAUGUGUUGUCCUAUGACUGACUGUCACUACAUUUUUAUGAGACUAUGGUCCUAUUUUUUAUUUUUAUUUUUUAGAAAAGUUUUGUAUUUACUAAUGUCUUAUUCUUUAAUUUUUAUUUUCAAUCAGAAACUACAAUCACUUAUCACUUUUUCUAUCAUUCUUGUUUUCUACCAUUUUUCUAUUCACAAAGGAAAGGAUGACACGUGACUGUUACUGAAUUGAGUAUAUCUUGACAUGAUAAUCAGUAUAUCGGUACAUAUACAUAGUUGAAAAUAUGCAUUUUAUUCCAUUUCACCAGAAGUCUUGAAAGGGGGACCAAAUCAGUAUAUCGGUACAUAUACAUAGUUGAAAAUAUG